AUGACUUCACAUCUUGAGGACAUGAAAAUAGAAUUUAAUAAAAUAUCAGUUACGUUUCAGGAGACAGGGUACCCCCCGGCCUUAAUAAAAGAAGUACUAGAUGAGGUCUAUGCAAAAUGGGGUGUUGUAUGCAAACCGUUAUUGGGUGAAGGAUUGGUUACUAGUAUGGCUAUGGACCCCAGAUAUAAAAAGGAAGACACAUAUGAAAAAGCUUGUGUACUACAAUAUAACUAUCUUUCAGAUGAAAUCAAGGGAGCAUUUAGAGCCAAUUGGAAUAUUUUUAGGACAAAUCAUGACAUCUUUAAUAGGGUGGGUACAAAACCAAGAUUUGUAAAUAGUACAGGACCUAACUUCAAGAAGUUGCUUGACAGCAAGGUAGAUUCAAUGGAUAUAAUAUCUGCUUUGUCAGAAGAUGGGGAUGUCACAUCUGAAAAUAAGGAAGAGAGAUUCCUUGCACAAAAACUGAAAGACGAGGGGCUUAAUGAAGCAUAUUGGCUACCCAUACUGAAGAAAGAGUUGGGCGUUACUUGUGUGCAAACCCUAAAAAAUAUGAACACUAAAGACUAUGAAAAACUGAAAUCCCAUGUACAGUUUGAGUGGGAAAAAAAUGCAUUGCACACAGUUUUGGGAAUUCCUAACAAGAAGGCAAGAAUCGAAGAACUGCAGAAGGAAAAGUCUGAGUCUUUCAAUAAAAAGCAAGAAGAGGCUCAACUAUUACUAGAUGACCUGCAAAAAAUCCAGACUGAAGGUAAAAAUUGCAGCGAUGACAUUGUGAGAUCAAAAGUAGAAGAAAUGUACACAGCACUGAAUAUACCUAAAGAGCACUUGAUGUCUUCUGGUACGAAUUUGAAAGAUUUGAUAGACAAUUUGCAUAGAGAGUUAAUAAUUCCUUUAGAUUGUCCUGUUUUACAAUAUGAAAAUUUAUCAGAUGAGGACAUUUUAAAGUUUGCAUCUGGAGGUCUUGCUUUGGAAGGAAUUUACAGAAGUAGCAGAAUAGAAGAUUUGUUUGUAAAGCGAAAACAGCUGCUGAACAUUCCUGAAAUGUUUUCUCUUUCUGGUCCAGAACAUGGUCCAUUAUUUGAGAUGAAAGAGUUCUCAUCCUGUGAAAGUGAAGACACCUUUAUGAUGGCCUUGGAAAAAAUAGGCUUCAACAUUACCGGCUCAGCUAAAGGAAGCAUUUGGGGUUUCAGCUUGCAAACCAGCACACAGUAUAGUAAGGCAUCAGAGUCUGAGGAAAAGCAUAGUUCAAGCCACGAAUACAGGUACAUCUGUACAACAAAGUAUAAUUAUAUCCCACUAGCUUCUUGUUACUUUGGGAAGAACCAAUUACAGCUUUCAAAUGCAGCUUUGGAUGAACUAAAAAGGUAUGAAGACAUUUUGAGUUACAGCAUGGAUAGUGAUGACAUGCUAAACCUGUUUAGUAGCUUUUUUACCAGGUUCGGGUCUCAUGCCUGCCAAGGACCUAUUUGCUUUGGUGGUGUAUUCUGCUGGAAAGCUUCCUCUAAGGGUUUCAGUGCAGAAGAACAAACUGAGAUCCAAAAGCAGACAUCAGAAGCUCUCAACGCAUAUUAUAGUGGAAGCUAUUGGAAUUCUACACUUAGCUUUACUGCAGGUGAUGGAGUAACAAACUCAUCUUCAGAAGGUUCACUUGAAGUGAAGUCUGAGAAAAGUGUACACACUGACAUAGAGCUAUCCGUAAAUAAAAUUGGUGGUCCUCCAGAAAUUGAUUCAUUUCAUUUGUGGAAAUCUGCUCUUGCUGCUAACAAUAAAACCUGGGCUGUCAUUGAUCGGGGUUUGAAACUCAUUCCUGUAUGGGACAUUAUCCUUUCUAACCACAAGAAUGAUUUCAAAGAUGUUUUAAAGUUAUGGAGCAAUCUUGCAGAAGCUUACAAAUUCACAACAAAACAAAAUGCGGAGAUAUUAUGGGAAGAUAAAAUUCAUGCUGCUGCUGCUGAAACCGAAUCAUUUAUCCACAGUAUUAAAUCCUGGAAUGUAGAGAACGCAAAACAACAUCUAAGGGAAAUUGAAGAUUUCAAAGAUAGUUUAUUUCAAAAAACAAAAAAUGAUAAAAUGUGGACUGACAAAUGCCUGUCUAACAAGGAGUUUCAAGCCUUCUGCAAGAAAGUGGUAUCAGAAUAUGAAUCGGCUUCAUCAGCUGAUGUAGCAGAUCUGAGGGCACAAAUGCGUUACAUUCUGGAGCCACAUGUUUAUGAUGUGCAAAAUUUCCAGGAUCGUUCUUACGUGAUGAAAUGGAUUAAUCAGUCAGAAAAACUGCAACAGUCCAAUGACGUAUCAGAUGUCUCACAGCUUGUUUCUAUUUUAAAUCAUGAAAAAUAUAAAUUACAAGAAUUCCUCUCAAAAUCAAAUCCAUCCAAUUCAGAAACUGAUAAAGCCAAAACAAAAGCCACAAAUAUCAUAGGCCUGUCUAUAUACUCACUUUGUAAUAAACUAAAAGAAACACAGCAGUUGGAGAUAGAAUUUCUGUUAUGGUCAGUUGUUUUGCCUUUUGGUUACUCAAUAUAUGACAAGACAUUCCAUAACAUACUUUGGUUGGAGGAAAUCCGAUCAAUUCAGAGUAAGUUACAGACAGUUUAUGGAAAGUAUUGCUUGCUCAGGGAACAGAACACAGACAGAGCUCAGGCAUAUGUACUGCUGAGUUGCCUGUCAGGUGAGUCUGAUCCGAAAGUAAAACUGCAGCAUUUACAUUUUAUGAAAUCACAUCUGCAAAGUGAGUUGUCUGCUGAACUCUCUGAAUUGCUGAAAAAUUAUGAAAACUCUGAUAUUGAUUGGAAGGAACUGGAAAAUGAUUUGUAUUUGAUAGAAUCAGGAACAUAUCAAGUAGCAAAUAUUAUGAAGAAGGGUGAUAUAAUAAAUGACUUAGUGAGGGUAUGUCAGGAAGCAACAGAAUGCAUAAUAAAAGAAGAUAAAACUGAAGACCAUUCCUCAGAGAUACUCACAACACUUGAAGCAGAUUUUAAAAAUAAUAAGUUUCAUAGUUUGCUCCAGCGACUUGGUCUGCAGCAAUUCUACCCUAAAAAAAUGACUAAGCAUCAUGUUCUUACUAUUGACAAAUCAGUAAUAUGUGACAGACCACCUCAAAAUGAGCAGGAACUGCCGUUAUUGUACUUAAGGGGAUUGAUUAUGCUAGAUUACCGUACAAGGUACCUGAUUUACAAAGUUAAUAGUACAGCAGAUACAGCCAUGACAGACACAGAGAAAACUUCAAUAAGUAUUGAUGACUUCUUAGGUGAUAACAUGGGAAAUAAUACCCUUAAUAUACACAAGCAAGAACAUAUACAUCCCAUGGAUAUUCAGAUGACAGUUUUUCAUUGUUCUGAUGAUUUUCUGAGACAGUACCUCUUUACAAAAAUGUCAAUGUGUCAGUAUGCAUUACCUCUGCUGGUGCCUAAUCCAUUUACUGCAAAAAUAGAAUUUCCUCUGUGGUCAUUCCAACAAGUUAAAAAAAGUUGGCAAUGUCUUGGAGAAGAUAAACACAUUAUAACAUGCAAAGAUAGCUACAUUUCUUCAGCUAGUUUACCCCUUGUGUCAUUUGUGAGGUUUGGGAAUUCUUUGUAUUCCAAAUCACAGAUCUUAAGUAACAUGAUAAGUAGGCAGAAACACAAUGUGUUUUUCCAUCGACACUGCAGCGGUAGCAGCCCAGAUGUGUGUUUAAUGGAUGGGGUUGUUGAAAUUGCCUGGUAUUGUCCUGGUGGCAGAGAGAGUGAUAUCUUUGACCGCUGUGUAGCAUUUACAAAUCUGCAUGGUGAUGCUCUAGAACAUGAUCUGCAGUUUAAGUUUCUAGAUGAGAUAGCAGCUGUCCACGUCAUCAUGGUGUUUGUAUCAGACUGCACUGAGAAGGGGAAGAAGUUUUUGCAGGAUUUGUUUAAUUCAGUAAGGCCAGUUAUCCUCCUUUGCACUGAUAAAGAAGUCAUCACUGGAGGAAUCUCCUCUACAAAAGUAAAAAUUGCAGCCAAAAAUCGUAAUGAGACAGAAUUUAUUGAUGAACUGACUGCGACACUAAAACGUUUUCUAACCCUCACAGAUCAGUCUUGGAAUCUUAAUAGCUGUUCCCACAUUGCCAAGAAUCUAGGUUUUGUAGUUGAUGAAGAUGACAGUGAAUGUAAACAGGGCAAGGAAAUGGCAGCAAAGAUGCAGAAUAUUUUAAAAGAUGACAAACUUUCAAUUAUGAAGGAGAAAUAUGCACCUCUUCAAGGGGACCUCUGGCACCAGUGGUGUUUGAAGAACAAGGAGCUUCAUCACUUGUGCAGCAAAGAAAAAAGAAGUAUUGAGGAGUACAGAAGUAAAGUUGAAUCUGAAAAAAAGUCCAUUCGAACUCAGCAACAAAAAAAAGCAACUCCAGUUAAUGCACUGAUGGAAUCAUUCAUUCAGUCUCUAUCUUCACAUCACGACAAAACAAAAAAGUACUUUUUGCACUAUUUAACAAUAUUUUUGGAUAAUUUGUCUUCAGGUCCCUUAACAGAGCUUCAGCAGAAAUAUCACAGGUGUUGGACAAAAUUACUAGAAUGCAAACAAAGUAGUGAAAAUUCACAAGCUUUGGAUAUAUUACAGCAAGAACUGAAUGGGAUAGCAACUGAACUAAAUGCCUCAUCAUUUGGGCUUGAACAUCUCUUUAGAGAAAUAGGACAGCUCUAUGAAGCUGUGGUGGAAGCUACUGACAAACCUAAAUGGUUUGCUGUUUUGCCUGAAAUUGCAGCAGAUAUGAUGUUAUCUGGGUACCCAAUUGAACUGAUGGAUGGUGAUGCUGCACAUGUUCCAUUAAAAUGGAUUGGCUCGGUUCUUGACAAAGUCAUUGAGAAAACUGGAGAUAAAAGACUGUUUGUGCUUUCUGUAUUGGGUAUUCAGAGCACAGGGAAAUCCACUUUGUUAAAUGCCAUGUUUGGGCUUCAGCUUAAUGUCAGUGCAGGUAGAUGCACCCGGGGAGCGUUCAUGCAGUUAAUUAAACUAGAUGACUGUUUGAGAUCAGAAAUGAACUUUGACUUUGUUCUUGUUGUUGACACAGAGGGCCUUCGAGCUCCAGAGUUAAGUAACACUGGAUUAAAUCAUGACAAUCAGCUGGCUACCUUUGUUAUUGGACUGGGAAAUGUGACCAUUAUAAACAUUUUUGGAGAAAAUCCUUCUGAAAUGCAAGACAUUCUUCAAAUUGCUGUUCAGGCAUUUUUGAGGAUGAAGCAGGUAAGGCUAUCACCUAGCUGUCUGUUUGUACAUCAAAAUGUUGGAGAUGUGACUGCAAGAGACAAAAACUUAGAAGGAAGGAGGCGAAUGCAGGAAAAACUUGAUGAAAUGGCACGUAUUGCAGGAAAACAGGAGCAGUGCAAUGUUAUGCGUUUUAAGGAUGUGAUUCAGUUUGAUGUAAAUCUGCAUACCUAUUACUUUGUUCACCUGUGGGAGGGGGAUCCACCAAUGGCACCCCCUAACCCAUCCUAUAGUCAGAGUGUCCAAGAUCUUAAAAACGUGUUACUUACUACAGCCCAGCAAUACAGUAACUCUGGUAUUUUGAAAAUUUCUGAAUUAAAGGGACGUAUCCAAGACCUCUGGGAGGCACUGUUAGCAGAACACUUUGUUUUCAGUUUCAAAAAUACACAGGAAAUAGAAGCAUACAGCAAACUGGAGACAAAGUAUGGACAUUGGACGUGGCAAUUAAGAAAAUACAUGCUUGAUGUAGAAAGUAAACUGUACAAUCAAAUUGAAAAUGGUAUACUUGAGAGUAUAAAGAAAAUACAAAUUGAGAACCAAGUUCUGGAAACAUAUGAGAGCUGUAAAAAAGAUAUAUAUAUAUUUUUUGAAAAUGAAAGGGAUCGAGAGUUACUAGUUCAAUGGAAAUCAAGAACUGAACUAAAAGUAGAGGAACUUAAAAAUGAUCUAAUUGAUGAUGUUAAACAUAAAUGUGAUGAAUUACUGAAGCUAAAAAAGGGUCGGAAGAAAUUAGAUGAAAAAAAAUCUGGCUAUGAGUAUGAAUUAUUAAAGAGAAGUAGGCAGUUGGCUUCAGAACUAAAGAACAAAACAUUAGAAGAGUCUGAACUGGAUAAGGCUUUUCAAACAUUAUGGAGUACAUGGAUUGCUGAGGUGGCGUCUGAGAAGUCAGAGGAUAAAAAAGUUGACAUUGUUGUUGAUAUAGAAACUGCUUUGUUUGACAAAUUUAAAGACAAACAGAGUUUUCCUGGAAAGAUGCUUGGAUCCAAAAAUGAGCAUUUUCUGAUUGAAUUUAAAAAACAGCUCAUAAUGAAAGGUUAUAUCCAUCCAAGCUUAACAUUAAUAAAAUGUAAAUCAGGGCAGACUGAUAAACAAAAUGCAUUAAAUUAUACAGCUAGUAUAAUUACGGAAGUCCACAGAUACAUUUUGAAUAAAGAAAAACUAAGAACUGACUACAGUUCCAGCUAUAUUUAUGAAAUAUUACAAAAUAUUUACAGUAUGAUAACUGACUUUAACACCAAAAAAGAAGAAAUAUUUAUGUUCUCAAAUAACUAUAGAAUUGAUUUAUCUGUAUACCUUUGUUUUGAUGCAGAGAAAUUUGAGAAAAUGCACCAGAUAUUUAAAAAUAUUAAUGAUCCAAUCACAUACCUUGGGCAAAAGCGACAGGAGUAUUUUAAUAAUUUCAAGAUUUUUUGCCAAGGAGCAUCAGCCACCACUACAUUUGCUUAUCUUCUGUGCAACAAAUUAAAAUCAGCAAUUCUACAAGCUGUUUAUGACAAGACAGCUGUUGAUAUAGCAGAUGAAAUGAGAUCUGAUUAUCCAGCUUUCAAUGGCAAUCGAUCAAAACUGGAAACUCAUAUUCUCAUUGACCUUGCAGAGAAAGAAGAUUUUGAACAGUUUAUGAAAUACAUUAACUCAUCCAAGGAGUUAUUUGAAGAAUUUAUUAAAGAAAAAGUGGAUGCAUAUACAAAAUCAAAACUGAAAAGCUGUCUAAAUUCUAGGCUUAGAAGAACAGAGAAGCACAUCCUAACCUGCUUGGAUAAAGCUGUUAACAUUGUUAAAGACAAAAAAGACAUGUCAGUUUUGCCAGAUGAGCUCUGUAAACAACUUGGUGAUUUAAUCACUCUUCCCCAAAAUGUUGUUACAAGUGUUGUAACAAGUGUUGACAUAGGACAGAUUACAGACUUUGAUUUCUUCAAAGAAUCUUUAAUCAAGACUUUAGAAAAUGAGAUGGAAAGGUUGAAUGAUGAUAUUCAGAAUGGGUCUGCUGCCACUAUGGAACAUUCUAGGGAAAAGCCAGAUGAAAUUCUUUUUAAACAACUGGCUGGAUGCUGGGAACAGUGUCCUUUCUGUGGGGCUGUUUGCACAAACACAAUCCAAGGACAUGAUGGGGAUCACAGUGUGUCAUUUCACCUCCCUCAGGCAGUGAGAGGAGUCCAAUGGCAUAAAACUAACCAUUUAGUCAGAGAUAUUUGUUCUUCUCUUGUUGCAAGUAGCUAUUUGGUGCUUGAUGAAAACACAUUUAUACCAUACAAGGACUAUCGAAGUGCAGGGCCUAGGUACAAAGUAUGGAGCAUUACUCCAGAUACUUCAACUCAACUAUAUUGGAAAUGGUUUAUAAAACAUUUUUGGGCAAAUUUAGAAAAAACAUAUAAUCUAGUAUUUCAAGGCCAUGGUAUAAUUCCAAAUGAAUGGGGAGAAAUUUCAAAAGUUGAAGCUCUCCAACAACUAAAGGAAAUGUCAUAAAUAUAAUAACAUUCAUUUAGAUUAUUUUGCAUUAUCGACAUUUCCUUAUCUGUAAACUGUUAAUUACCAAUUUCACUGACUCCUAUAUCUCACAGUAGAUGUUUUUAAAGGGUUUUUCUGAGUCAUGUUUAUUAACCUGUUUCUGCUGCUUGCCUGCAGUUACUGAAUUCACACUGAUUGCCACAGUUUUCAUGGCAGCUGCCACGGGACAUAGAUACACAUUAAUGAUAAUGGUAAAAACAACAGAAG